CUCUCUUUUCUUCAUCCUCUCCUCGCGAGAGAACGUUUUUUCUCCGCGCAGCCGCUGCGACUGCAGGGGGCAAUAUAAUUUCGCUUGAUCGCUUACGCGGAAAGUACGAAGUUUAUCUUAAACAGCCUUUUGCUGCGUAACGUAUCUACGCUUACGAGUGUGUCCCUCGCGAUUUCUUUUCCUUCCUUCGUUUCUCCUCACCUGCUUAAGGAUAUAAUAACUCGAGCCGAGCCGACAAUGCCCUGGUUUCAUUACCGCUCGUAUUACGCGCGCGCACGUCGAUGAGUUGGUCAUUUCCGCGCGCAUUCCAAGGACGGCCUUGAAGAGAGGAGACGCGCUGCUGUGGUUUAUUCAAUUUUCAGAGAUACUCGAUCUUUUGUUUUGGACGACAACUAGUUUCAGUGGGUACACAUAAACGGGAAAAUUAAAGUAUAACCUGUGCAGAAAUAUUUGUCGAAUAUAACGAUGUUCGCUUCGGGAAUCCUUGGCAUUGUUCGGUCUUGCAACAAUAAAUCUCCGACGAUCAAUCGCUGCAGAACGACUUACCGCAACUCCCAAGAGCACGGCAUCAACAUUUUCGACAAAUCGCACACGGAGCGCUUGAAGUACAAGUACAAAGACAAAUUCUUCGAGCAGGAGCUCCAAAACCCGAUAACGAAAUCCGACAAGGAGAUGCUCCGCGACUUCCUCCACGACGGCAAGAAGAUCCGCAAGCCGUCGGACUUAGAAGACGUAGACGAGAUCGUCAAAUAAAAUGGAAAAUAAGCCCACGUAAAACGAGGCUCUACUCUCCUCCCUAUGCCAGCGCAAUAGACAUUAAAUCCAAUGGGCAUCCGCGUUAUUUUUUACCCGAUGCAUACAACGGCAGAAGAAGCAUUACCAGAUUGGCUCGCGCGUAUACGGUCAGCAUUCACCAGUCCUUUACAUUCAUGAAGCUUUUACACGGCUGAUUUGACUAGCCGCUCUCUUUUUUCUCCCGUCCAUGGGGCCUCUCUCUCUCUCUCUCAAUUUGAUUUGCAUUGAUUGGAGUGCCGCCGUGCAGCUUUUAUCCUCUAUCUCUCGGCUCUGGGAGAAGAGACUCUUGGCGCGAUUUUUUAAGCCCCCGGUCAGCUUAGAAUUCUACUCUUUAUACGCGCGUGCUGAAGUGAAAUUGCGAUGCCCUGGAGUUCGUUGCAAAAAAUUUAUAUUUAUUUAUUAAAUAGAACAUUUUUAAUAAACUUGUGUUAUACACAAAGCUGA